AGUUAGUAGAGGGGACUGGUUAGGAAGGUCGGUGAACUUCAAAAGAGGAGGUUAUUGUUCGAUUUUUUAGAAAUCACGUGACCAAUACCGUGCACAGCACAGGAUUCAACUGAGAUGUGGCGCCGGUUGUCACUUGAGUACGGUACGCUGUCUUGUGUUCUUUUCGGUGUUAUUAUGAUAAAAAAAGAAAAAACAGUUGUAAAUCGUAAUAAAGCUACUCUAGAUUAAGUUUAAAAUGCCUGGCGAUAAUUGUUCCGUGGUUGGCUGUGGAUCGUGCAGGCGAUCGAAAGGUAUAGGCAUUUGGAAACUUCCCGCUCCGAGGAACGAAGUAUACAAAAAGUGGAGAGCAGACUGGCUGAAUGAACUCACAAAAUCAAGAGAAGUAGACAAAGAUUUCCAGAAACAAAUUGACAGCGAUAGAGUCUUUACAUGCGAGAAGCAUUUCGCUCUUGAUGAUAUAGAAAUUGUCGUGUCUUCAAAGAUGACCAAGAAAAGACCGAAGUUUGGUUCUCUACCGACUCUAAAUAUGCCCCAAAAAAGCCACCAAAAGGAAAAGCUAGCGCCACGAAGACUGCUAUCGAUCGUGAAGGACUUGCCUGAAACCAAAAGAAAGAAUGCUUGUUAUAGUAACUUUGUAGAACUUUGCAAACGAGUUCAUCCUUUGAAAACCCUCAGUGACUGGUCAGUUCAAGAGUUAAAUGACAGAAUAUUGCUGAGAAAGAUAAAAAACACCUUUUUGUUGCCAGAAGUUGAAAUCAUGAUAGAUGACAGUUUGGGAUACACAAUUUCAAUUUUUGGAUGGCUCAUACCUGAAGACCAUGAACUGUAUUCUAGAUAUUUAAGAUCAGUCAGUAAUAUCACAGUUUCUGACCUUGUGAAAGAUGUUGAAAGCCACUCCAUAUGUCCUGGAGUAAUUCCACAUGAACUAUCCAAUGCUGUAAUACCCCACAUCAUCCCGAAAUCUGUCGAUCCACUAUUCGACGAUAGUUCAUUUCCACACCAGCAGUAUUGGAGAAUGAGAGGAUGUGAAAUUUUAACAGAGGAUGAGGGCCAGCAGUGUGCUGGUUGCUAUGGAUAUUCACAUGAGUCUCGGCUAAAAGAAAGGGCCAAGCAGAACAAACUAGCUAAGCCAGCGCAUCUCAAUACCCCAGUCUCUAAGACAUCUCCAGAACGAUUAAAACUGACUUUGCAGAUGCAAAGAUUGAAAUGUGCAACCCUUGAAAAGAAACUUCAAGAAAUGAAACUUGAAAUCGAGAAAUCAAGUGUUGAGAUUGAUCAUGAACUCAGUAAAGACAUGACUGAUAUACUUGGUCAGGCAGAGAUCACACCAUUCAUGAGCCUAUUUUGGCAACAACAAAAGAAACUCCACAACAGCACAUCAACUGGUGUCAGAUAUCACCCAAUGAUAAUUCGUUAUUGUUUGUCAUUGGCAGCCAAAUCACCAUCUUGCUACGAGGAAAUAAGAAAAAGUGGGAUACUAGUACUGCCAAGCCAAAGAACACUGCGGGAUUAUAGAAACUUUAUUAGACCCAAAAGGGGCUUUCAUGAGAAUGUGAUUGAAGAACUGAAAGCAUUAACAGACAAGUACUUUGAUGUGCAACGAUAUGUUGUCUUGCUAUUUGACGAAAUGAAAAUCAUGUCAAAUCUUGUUUUUGAUAAGGUCACAGGCGAAUUGAUUGGAUAUGUGGAUCUUGGUGACCCUGAUGUCAACUUUGGAGCUCUGGAAAAACUUGAUGAGGUUGCAACUCAUGCUCUUGCUUUCCUCAUCAGAGGUGUUUGUACAGAGUUGAAGUUCUGCUUGGCCCACUUUUCUACCAAUGGAGCUACUUCUGCCCAGAUAAUGCCAUUGUUCUGGGAGGCUGUUGCUAUUUUGGAGUUAACCUGUAACCUCUGGGUUAUUGCUUCUACUUCAGAUGGAGCCACACCAAAUAGAAGAUUCUACCGAAUGCAUAAGAGUCUUGAUGGAAAUGCUGACAAGGAUGUGUGCUAUCGCACAAUCAAUUUGUUUGCACCACAGAGGUUUAUAUACUUCUUCUCAGAUGCCCCUCAUCUUGUAAAGACCACAAGAAACUGUCUGUAUCAUUCUGGAUCUGGUACUUGUACCAGGUAUAUGUGGAAUGAUGGUCACUACUUAUUAUGGCAGCACAUCACCCAAAUCUUUUAUCAAGAUGCAGAGAAUGGCUUGAAGUUGCUUCCUAGAAUUACAUAUGAACAUGUUAAGCUGAAUUCGUACUCCAGCNGCUUACCAGCCAGCGCUGGUUAG